AUGUUUAUCGAAAAUGAAUGCUUCCAUUUGGUACUUGAAGCACUAGAUCCGUUACCUAUAAAGCUUGGAAGAUGCAUGCAUCUUUCUACAUCAGGUGAUCCUCUACAUUCACCUUUAGCAUGUCAUAUAAGGCAUAAAACACUUCGAAAAAUUGCAAAACAAAUAUUAAUAUCUCUUAAUAUUCUUCAUAAUAGAGCGAAUAUAAUUCAUGCAGAUUUAAAACCCGAAAAUAUUCUACGUUGUUAUUCAGAUAAUCCUAGAUCGGUAAAACUAAAAAUUAUUGAUUUUGGAAAUGCUAUUCCUUUGGAAGCAGUAGAAGCAUAUUAUGUUGAUUUCGAUUUACAAUCAGUUUAUUAUAGAGCACCAGAGGUUUUAUUAGGAUUACCAUUUGGCCCUUCUAUUGAUAUUUUUUCCCUUGGAUUAAUUUUAGUUGAACUUUUAUUUGAUAGUGAUGAACUUAAAAAAAAUUCUCGACCUUUUUUAUCCACUGUAGAGACAUCCAGAACUUCAUUAGCCAUUGAAAUAGCUCGCUUAUUAGGAAAAUAUCCUCCUCGUUUUAAAAAUGCAAAAUUUUGGAAAAAUGAUUAUUAUAAUAUAGAAAUUAACACAUCAUAUUUAUUAAAAAAUAGAUUAAGAGAAUGCAAUAAUCCUUUAUUGGAAGAUUUCAUAAUAAAGUUGCUAGCAAUUGAUGACACAGAAAGACUUACUUCAAAAACAGCCUUGAAUCAUUUAUGGUUAUUUUCAGAUCAUUAUGAUUUGAUGCAUUGUUCACCUAUAAUAAAAAUAGAUCAUGUGGAACCUUUCUCUGAAAAAGCAUUUUCGAUACAUAAUAAUGAAGAAAUCGACAUAGAUUAUACAAACUUAUCAGAAAACCAUAUUUUCGAUGAUAUAUAUUAUAAAGAAAAAUAUAAAAACACACAAGAUACAAAUUCUUUUAGGACUAAUGAAAAAUCUUUUAUAAAAGAAAAUUCAACUACUCCAAUCAAAAAACCUUAUUGCCUUGAUUCAUGGACAAUUAAUCCAACAUUAGAAGAAAAUCAGGACGAGGUCUUGCUUAUUUAA